UUUGCCAUGCAGCCCCACCACUCGCUCUUCCUCAAAUGAUAUCUUUGCCAUGUAGCCGCCACCCAUCUCUCUUCUUUUGCUCUUUGUCCCAAAUCGAAGACCUUGAUAACCACUUUCAAGUCUUCUUCCACAAAAGAAAAAUGAAAAAAAGUUUUAGUUUUGAUCCAGUUGAAGAGUGAGUUCUUAGUGUUCUGGAACUGCAAGGAUUGAUAUCAGCUGAAGUUUUGGUCAACAAAAAAAAAAAAAAAUUGGUUUUUUGGAGAAUCUGAACAUCAAGGCAAUAUUUUGGACAUGAUUUCAGGUUGUUUGUCAUGGUUUGGAUUAAAUAUAUUCAUUGAAUUGGGACAGGACAAGCACAGUUAGAGGAGUGAACAAAAGGUUCUCAUACUUCCACAUGUGCUAGGAGUAAUAAUGGUGGAGAUGGAGAAACAGCAAAGCUUUCGGCGUGGGGCAUUGGAGAAACUGCAAAGCUUUCGGUUAGGUGCCAUGGAGAGGCAGAAGAGUGUCAAGAUGGGGAUGAUGGAGAAACAAAAGAGCAUUCGUUUGGGGACAGGAGAUAAGCAGCAAGGCUUCCGAGAAAAGAAGAACAGAGAUAGUUUUGGCAAGAGAGGAGAUACACCACUUCAUUUAGCUGCCCGGGCAGGGAAUGCAACACAAGUAACAAAGCUCAUCUCGGAAUGUGAUGAGUCCUUGUUAAAGGAGUUCGUAUCGAAACAGAAUCAGGAUGGUGAAACAGCAUUGUAUGUUGCUGCGGAGAAUGGCCAUGUUGAGGUUGUUCAGGAAAUAUUGAAGGUUUCCGAUGUUCUUUCUGCAGGAAUUAAGGCUACUAAUAGCUUUGAUGCUUUCCAUAUUGCUGCUAAGCAGGGACAUCUUGAUGUGCUGAAAGAGAUGUUGCGUGCUUUCCCUGCAUUGGAUAUGACUACGAGCACAUCGAACUCUACCGCUCUUGACACAGCUUCCACUCAAGGCCAUAUUGAUAUCGUCAAUCUUCUUCUAGAAACAGGGGCGAACCUUGUCAAGAUUGCACGGAGCAAUGGCAAAACUGCUCUGCAUUCCGCAGCGAGGAUGGGGCAUGUAGAAGUUGUCAAAUCUAUUUUGCGCAAGGACCCGAGCAUCGGUUUGAGGAUCGAUAAGAAGGGACAGACUGCAUUGCAUAUGGCAGUGAAAGGUCACAAUAAUCAAAUGGUUCUGGAGCUAUUGAAUCCCGAUCCUUCUGUUAUUUCUUUGGAAGAUAACAAGGGGAAUACAGCAUUGCACAUUGCAACACGGAAGGGACGUCCUGAUAUGGUGCAGACUCUAAUAUCAGUAGAGGGAAUCAAUGUAAAUGUGGUGAAUAAAGCAGGUGAGACAGCACUUGGUAUUGCAGAAAAGGCACAUAAUGAAGAGAUCAUCGAUAUUCUGAAAAAAGUCGGAGCAGUCGCGACAAAGGAGCCGCCAAAUCCUCCCAAUCCCACAAAGCAGUUAAAGCAGACGGUAAGUGAUAUAAAGCAUGAUGUCCAAUCCCAACUUGUUCAGACCCGGCAAACUGAGAGGAAGGUGCAGAACAUCAAGAAGAGACUCCAUAAGCUGCACAUCGGAGGCUUGAACAAUGCCAUUAACUCGAACACUGUGGUUGCUGUGCUCAUUGCCACUGUAGCCUUCGCUGCAAUCUUUCAAUUACCUGGCCAGUAUGUUGAGUCUACAACCGAUGAUAGUAUAACUCCUGGACAAGCAUACAUAGCAAACAAUGCUGCUUUUAUAAUCUUCUUAGUGUUCGAUUCUCUUGCACUCUUCAUCUCUCUAGCUGUGGUGGUUGUUCAGACAUCAUUGAUUGUGACAGAGCAGAAGGCGAAGCGGCUAAUGGUGUUUGUGAUGAACAAACUCAUGUGGUUGGCAUGCCUAUUCAUAUCGGUUUCGUUCAUUUCCCUCACUUAUGUUGUGGUCGGAAAGCAGGACUUGUGGCUCGCAUAUGCCACAAUGGCCAUUGGUGCCACUAUCAUGCUGGUGACAUUUGGAUCGAUGUGUUACUGCAUUAUCAUUCAUCGCAUCGAGGAAAAGAACACAAGGAGUUUAAGGCGGAACUCCGGUAGCCGGUCCCGUUCCUGGUCUGCAUCCGUUGUUGUAUCAGAUUCAGAGAUAUUCAAUAAUGAAUACCGAAAGAUGUAUGCGCUUUAGAGCUUGCCAGAUCUGUAGUUUUGUUCAGGAUCUGUAGAGAGCUCUGCGAGUGAUGUCGGCGACAUUAGUAUCAUUGUAUAGUUUAGGUUAAAAGAUGCAUUGUAGACAUUUUAUCAGCUUCGCUGAUUUCUAAAAAUUAAUGUACUUCCAUAAAGGCAGAAGUUAAUGCAGUUACUUAAAAUAAGUUCCAAGAGAUGCAUACUGACAAUGACAACAUGAAUAGAUCUAUUAUUCUGUUGAACUGUCUAAACAAUGAAAGUUGGUUCCUUAAAUUCCCAGAAAUACACAUUUUCUUGCCCUUGAGAAAAAAAA